UGCUGCAGGUUGUCCGGUAGGGUGCCUGCCGAGCUACAAGCAUGCUGUUGAUGUCAGGAGCAGAGGAGAGGAACGUGAGGAAUGGCUGAAAACUGACGGUGAUCUCCCGCAAGGAAACAAACCGGGACGCAAACGUCCGCUAUGUUUAGCUGAAGACCUGACUGCCCCCCGGACCAGCCUUUCAGCGACGCACUAACAAGCACUGCUAGUGUUUUUCUUCUUCUUUUCUUUUACAGAGGGGGGUUAUUUAAUGGGACAGCGAAAACGCAAAAAAAACGCAAGGUACGCUACCGCUCCUGUCGCCAGCAGAGCUACUUUUAUUUUCACGGACUAAUACGACACACGGGUUGAGAAAUGUUUCCCACCAAGGUAAACUGGCCGUCUUCGAAGGCAGUGUUUGUGUUUUGAGCUAGCUAAACGCUUUUGUGGGUACAUUUUUUUGCUUUUUGUUUUGUGUGGUCGGGGUUGUGAAUGUAUGAAGUGUUUGAACCGCUGGGGUUUUGUUUUGAAAAGCGUCGGUUAGGCUUCACCUCUUCAUGGUUCACAACCUACCAAACCACAUGAGAAGAAGACGACGUCCGGAGUAGAUUAAACCGCAAACAAAGGCCCCACUUCUCCCCCCCGUCUCCCGUCGCUGCCACCUGAACCGAAGAGGAGAAAAUGCGUGUGGAUCUGUUUUGGGUCUGUUUGUGGUGUUUGCUUCGCCCCGGUGCCACCGGUCAAGGGCAGUCGACGGCCGUUUGUUCGCUCUCAUGCAGCUGCGAUGAAGAUGGGGGUGCAGACUGCUCCGGGAGAGGGCUGACCGCCGUCCCAACCGGGCUCAGUACUUUCACCUACUACCUUGACCUGAGCAUGAACAACAUCACUGAGCUUCCAGCAUACGUAUUCAAAAACUUCCCCUAUCUUGAAGAACUUCGACUUCCAGGAAAUGACCUGUCGUUCAUCCACCCCGAAGCCUUUUCUGGACUGCAUCAGCUCAAAGUCCUGAUGCUCCAGAAUAAUCAGCUGAAGACGGUGCCAAACUCGGCACUGAAGAACCUUCACUCUCUCCAGUCUCUUCGCCUGGAUGCCAACCAUAUUACGACUGUUCCAGAUGACAGCUUUGAAAGCCUUCAGCAGCUGCGCCACCUCUGGUUGGAUGAUAACAACCUGAUGGAGGUGCCCGUCGGUUCCCUGAGGCACCAGGCGAACCUUCAGGCUCUGACGUUGGCACUUAACCGCAUCCUGUACAUACCAGACAACGCCUUUGCAAACCUCACCAGUUUAGUUGUACUGCAUCUUCACAACAACAGAAUCAACGAGAUAGGAGACAACUGUUUCUCUGGACUUGUAAACCUGGAGACGCUAGAUCUUAACUUCAACAACCUGAAUGUGUUUCCCAAAGCAAUACAGGCCCUCCCCAAACUGAAAGAGCUAGGGUUUCAUAGCAAUGAUAUUGCUUCCAUACCCGAGGGGGCCUUCCACAACAAUCCCCUGCUAAAAACCAUACAUCUUUAUGACAACCCUCUGUCGUUUGUGGGCGCGUCAGCUUUCCAGAACCUGUCCAGCCUGCACUCACUGAUGUUGCGUGGCGCCAGUAUGAUGCAGGACUUCCCCAUCCUUACAUGGACUAACAACCUUGAGAGUCUGACCCUGUCGGGCACCAAGAUAUCGUCCAUACCCACUGAUCUGUGCGAGGACCUCAAAGUGCUGCGAACGCUCGACAUGUCCUACAAUGAGAUAAAACAGUUACCUUCCCUCCAGGGCUGCACCCAGCUGCAGGAGAUAAACUUUCAGCACAAUCAUAUUGAAAAAAUUAACCAAGACACUUUCCAAGGUCUCUCUGCUCUCCGUUUACUAGACCUGAGUAGAAAUGAAAUCCGAGUUAUCCACAGAGAUGCUUUCCUCACCCUCAGGGCGCUCACCAACCUAGACCUGAGUAUGAACUCUCUCACUGGGAUUCCAACAGCUGGACUGAGCGCGCUCAGUCAGCUGAAACUCUCCGGGAACCCGCAGAUGAAAAAUGUGCUAACUGCAAAUAACCUGCCUAAACUCAGGUCCAUUUCUGUCCCUUACGCCUACCAGUGCUGUGCAUUUGUUGGAUGUGACUCAGUGACGACUUCUUUUGAGAAAGAACACAUGAAGAAAACUGCAGGUGGGGAAGAUGUGGAAAAAAUCUCAAUGGUUAUGCAUUGUUCUCCUUCACCAGGAGCUUUCAAGCCUUGUGAACACCUCUUGGGUAACUGGAUGAUCCGUCUGACAGUCUGGUUCAUCUGCCUGGUGUCGCUGGUCUUUAACAGCCUGGUGCUGGUGGCCACCUUCUCUCCCUCACACCGAGCUGCUGCCCAUUCCCACUGCCCGACCCCGUCUCUUUCUCCAGCCAGGCUGCUGAUGGGGCUGCUGGCUCUGGCCAACCUGCUAACGGGCUUGUACGUCGGCGUGCUGACUGUGCUCGAUGUUGCUACGUGGGGAUCCUUCGCUGAGUUUGGGGUGUGGUGGGAGAUGGGACCCGGCUGUCAGAUCACAGGAGUUCUGGCCGUCUUCUCGUCAGAGUGGUCAGUCUUGUUGCUGUCGCUGGCAGCCGUGGAGCGCAGCGUGGCCGUGCGGAUGAUUCUAGGGAAGGUCAUGAUGUCGCCCAGGAGGAGUGCCAGCAGCCGUCGCCUGUGCUUAAGAGGAGAUCGACGCUUCAGCCUCGCUGCAGGAUUGCUGGCACUACUGGCCGCCGCUGGGGCCUGCCUGCCUCUCGUGACCUCCGGUGAUCAGUCUUCGUCUCCUCUCUGCCUGCCGUUUGCUGGCGGUGAGCGUCCAGCUUUGAGUGUUACGGUCAUUUUGGUGCUGCUCAACGCCGUGGCCUACCUGUUCACCGCAGCUGUGUACACCCAGUUGUACUGCACACUGGGCAGGGUGGAGCUGGCAGAUCCGGAGCAGACGGGUGCCCUGAGACACAUCGCCUGGCUCAUCUUCACCAACUGCAUCUUCUUCUGUCCUGUGGCGGCGUUCUCUUUUGCCCCCCUCCUGACUGGCUCCACAGCUGGUGGCCCAGAGAUUGCCAAGACCGUCACCCUCAUCUUCUUCCCGCUGCCCGCUUGCCUGAACCCAGUGCUGUACGUGUUCUUCAGCCCAGCCUUCAGGGAGGACUGGCUGAGAUUACGCAGUUGCAGAAGUUCAACCAGGGAGAUGAAGACCACCACAGAAGGUCACCGAGAUGACAGUGGCGGAGGGUCUGAGCUCACAGACGGGGGCUCCUCCACACACCUAGGCUUUGACUGUGGGAUGUACUCGCAGCUUUGCGGUGAGGUGGUUGUUUGUGAGCAGUGUGAGGCAGCACUCCGGGCCAGGACCUGCUCUUCCCCCUCGUCCUCCACAGUCUGUAGACACUUGGUUAAGUCCCACAGCUGUCCCACCCUCCUGGCUGGAGCUGCGGCAUACCAGCGCUCGGAGGGGUUUUGGGGAGACAGCAGCACGCCGUCUGCACAGUCUGAGUACGCAGACGAGGGGGACUCUUUUGUGUCAGAUAGCUCGGACCAGAUUCAGGCGUGUGGCCGAGCUUGCUUUUGUCAGAGCAGAGGCCUUCCUCUUGUACACUACUCAUACAACAUACCUCGAGUCAAGGACUAAUGACGCAUCUGUGUCAUGUCAACUUGGAUGCUACAAGAAUAAACGUUUUUAUAUCAAACAGCAAAAUGUGCCAACUACCCUACGAUUCAGCAAGCACUUAGUUUCUAAUAACUGUGUUAACAGACGCAGCCAAUCAUUUAAAGGGAACUUGGUUUUUUGAACUGAGAAACAGUUUCUAGGAGACCUAAACCGAGAAAGUUGCAUCACAAACUGGUCGACAAAGGAUCUCGCAAAGGAAAAUGUUGCCACCGGUGCCUGCGUCUGCAAGCCUCCAUGUAUGUGUUAAUGAUUUUUUUGCCCUGUUUCACCUGUACUUAUAAGCUUUUAAAUUUUUAAUUAUUAUACAUCUUGUCAAUUUUUUAAGUUUCUUCACAGCAACUUUUGAUUUUAUAAUUUUUUUUUCUUUUACAAAAAUGUAGCACAUGUAAUAAUCACUCUAAACUUUCAUGUAUGAAUGUAACUUUCAGGUGGUCUUCACCUAGCGGGGGGGAUAAUAUAAAGUCAGCAAUAACUUC